AUGAGGUACUCCCUUUUCGCGGGCCUGUUGGCUCUCGCCGGCGUCAAUUGCAGGUCCACGUCACACGUCGAGGGCGAGAUCGUCGAGAACAUCGGCCCCGUGCCCCAGGGCUGGAAGGAGGUUGGAGCGCCUGCUCAGGAUCGCAAGCUGCAUUUCCGCAUUGCGGUGCACUCGCCCAAUCAUGAUCUCCUCGAGCAGACGCUCAUGGAGAUCUCGACUCCGAGCCAUCCGCGAUAUGGAAAGCACCUGAAGCGCGAGGAACUCAAGGAGCUCAUCAAGCCGCGAGCAGAGUCCACGGAUGCGGUUCUCAACUGGCUGAAGGAAGCAGGUGUCCCAUCAGACGAUAUCGUGGAUGAUGGCGAGUGGAUCAACUUCGUCGCCCUCGUGUCCACUGCCGAGGAGAUGAUGGACACCACCUUCAAGACCUACCAGAGCCUCGUCCGCCAGGACAUCAAGAAGAUCCGCACCCUUCACUACUCGGUUCCCAAGGUCGUCCGGGAGCACAUCGACAUGAUCCAGCCCACCACUCGUUUUGGCCAGAUUCGUCCGCAGAUCAGCCAUAUUAUCGACAAGGAGGAGGUCCCAUUUACGACUGCGGCUGCCGUCAAUGCGACUUGCAACACGACCACCACUCCUGACUGUCUCAAGGCCUUGUACAACUUUGGUGACUACAAGCCAGGAAACGCCUCCGUGCUCAUUGGCGUUACGGGGUAUCUCGAGCAGUAUGCGCGGUUCAAGGAUUUUGCCAGCUUCGCGACCCAAUUCGCUCCCUGGGCUGUGGGCAGCAACUUUACGUGGACUUCUGUUGACGGCGGCCAGCUGGAUCAGCGCGCUACCAAUGACAGCGUGGAAGCAAACUUGGAUGUGCAGUACACCCUGGGCCUCACUGCACCCGCCGUCAAGACGAACUUCUACAGCACUCCUAACCGCGGGCCGCUUGUUCCGGAUCUGGACCAGCCUUCCGAGGAUGACAAUCAGAACGAGCCGUACCUCGAGUUCUUCACCUACCUCGUCGGUCUGCCGGACGAGCAACUGCCACAGGUCCUAACCACCUCGUACGGAGAGGACGAACAAAGUGUGCCGGCUGAAUACAACAAGAAGGUCUGCGACAUCAUCGGCCAGCUCGGUACCCGCGGUGUAUCGGUCAUCUUCUCCAGCGGUGACACCGGUGUCGGCUCUGCGUGCCAGACCAACGACGGCAAGAACACGACGCGCUUCCUGCCCAUCUUCCCGGCCGCAUGCCCGUACGUUACUUCCGUCGGCGGCACGACCCAGGUGGAGCCCGAAAUUGCAGUCUCAUUCUCCUCCGGCGGUUUCUCCGACCUCUAUGACCGCCCCUCGUACCAGGACGCCGCCGUCUCCGGAUACCUCACGAAGCUCGGCAGCCAAUGGGAGGGCCUCUACAACCCGAACGGUCGCGGCUUUCCCGACGUUGCCGCACAGGGCACAGGGUACCGGGUCGUGGACAAGGGCGUACAGAUCCGCGUCGGUGGCACGAGUGCCUCCGCGCCCACUUUCGCCUCCGUGAUCGCGCUGCUCAACAACGCUCGUCUCUCCGGCGGCAAGCCAUCAAUGGGCUUCCUCAACCCGUGGCUGUAUAGCCAGGGCGCUGCUGGCCUCAACGACAUCGUCGGCGGCGGCUCGACGGGCUGCACGGGCAGGAGCAUCUACUCCGGCCUCAAGGCGCCGUACGUCCCGUACGCGUCGUGGAACGCGACAGAGGGCUGGGAUCCCGUGACCGGCCUCGGCACGCCCGACUUCGGCAAGCUGCUCAAGAUCUCGGAGGCGGGGACGUAUGGCCGCCGACGCGGUAUGAGGGGGCAGUACUAG